AUGUGUUGCCGGGUAGUGAUAACGUUAAAUAAAUGCAUGAAGCCCAUUCCCGGGGACUUAAAUUAUGCCUGUGUCCACUCGGAAGGAGAGAAAGGAGCUCGGUCGCCCCUAGCUCGACAUAGCGGUGUGAACCAGCUAGGGGGGGUGUUCGUCAGCGGGCGUCCCUUGCCCGAUUCCACCAGGCAGAAAAUCGUCGAACUGGCGCAUUCGGGGGCUCGUCCCUGCGACAUCUCCAGGAUCCUGCAGGUCUCCAACGGAUGUGUGUCCAAGAUCCUUGGCAGAUACUACGAAACCGGCUCUAUCCGACCGCGGGCCAUCGGCGGAUCUAAACCCAGGGUGGCUACCGCGGAAGUCGUCUCCAAAAUCUCCUCCUACAAGAGGGAAUGCCCGUCUAUAUUUGCCUGGGAAAUCAGGGACCGGUUGCUGCAGGAAGGGGUCUGCACCAACGACAACAUACCGAGCGUAUCGUCAAUCAACAGGGUACUCCGCAAUCUAGCCGCUCAAAAGGAACAGGCCUCUACGCCACCAGUGUCGACAGGAAACGACAGUGUCUACGACAAGUUGCGGCUUCUCAACGGUAAUCAGACCAGUUGGAGGCCGACGCCUUGGUACUCACCUGGAAACACUUCCUUCCCUUUGCAACCUCUGAGCCCGCCACCUACGAUCCUUUCUGACGAUCUGAACAACAAGAAAGUUGUAGACCUUGACGGCAUCCACUCCGACGAGACCAAUUCCGGGGACAACUCAAACGCGGGGUCCAGCAUAGGCCCCGACGACGACCAAGCGCGAUUGAGGCUCAAAAGAAAACUGCAAAGAAAUCGGACUUCAUUCACGAACGAUCAAAUCGACAGUCUCGAAAAAGAAUUCGAACGCACACAUUAUCCCGACGUCUUCGCCCGAGAAAGGCUAGCCGCGAAAAUAGGACUUCCCGAGGCGCGCAUCCAAGUGUGGUUCUCCAACAGAAGAGCAAAGUGGCGGCGCGAGGAAAAACUGAGGAAUCAAAGAAGAGGCGCGCCCGGACCUGCAGAACACCCCGGCCCGACGGCUUCGCCCCCGAGACUGCAGGGCUUCAACAACACUUCCAUGUAUUCACCUAUCGCACCGACGAUGUCCAUCGCUGACACCUACAGUACAAUGUCGGGUAUGCCGAGUUUUACCCACGGCGGUUUGGCUUCGAGUAUGGGACCGUCUCCUGGCGCGUGUCUUCAGCAAAGGGAAAGUCCAACCAUGGGCGGUGCAAUGAGUGGAUACUGCAUGGGUAGACCACCUAGUUACGACCUUGGCAUCGGAUACGGUUCCAGACCGUCGCCUUGUAGCCCUUCCCAGCCGUAUCAGAUGAACGGACACCAAUAUAGCACCAAUGGAACAUCUUCAACAGGUUUGAUUUCACCAGGUGUGUCCGUUCCCAUUGCAGUGCCGGGGCAAACCGAUAUGUCAUCUCACCAGUACUGGCCACGAAUACAGUGA